GGGUGCUCAAGACUUCUUGAAAACGUACAAGUCGUAUAUCAAAAUGGACCUUCACUAUUGGGGAUCUUUAUCAGGGGACGGUUGCAGAUUGGUUGCAUGGUUGGAAUCUCGUUGUGUCAGCAUACUGGUUGGUAUUGGCAUGCAAUUGCCAGGCUCAGUGGCCCGCAUAUGGCCCGAAAGAUUCACGGAGGCACAUACAGAGAGUUUCACCACAUCGGGGCACUACCACGGGUUAUAUCUGAUCGGUCUAGACUGGGAUGGGGUCGAUGGUGAGCCGAUUUCAAAGUUGAAGCUAAAUUUAGCUCAUGAGACCCUCCAAGAAAUACUGCAGCAUUUUACAAGGCGAAUACGGGGAGGCGAGAGCUACUUCGACCCUCAGAGGCUGUGGCUUAACGCUUCGCUUGUGCCAGAUUCAGAGCUUGGCAGGAUGUCUCCCGAUGACCAGGAUUGGGGCGAAUAUCAGUCUGAUGACGAAUCUUCUGACGAAGAGGUUGCUGAUCCGAUGGAGGCCUCUUCAGCGGGAUCUGCGGAGCCUGCUCGCCAGUCGAAGUGCAAGACAGGUUAUUCCAGAGCCCAUAAGGCAGCUGCACCCGUCCCUAGGCCCUAGGGCGCAGUAAAACUUCGCAUAGCUGCCGAUGUGCUG